AUGAGUAGCGCCAGCGUACCUGUAGAAUACAGCAAAAAGCGCUCGCGUUCUCCUCAUUCCCACCAUCACCGCUCCGAAGAUGUGAAACGACAUCGCUCGCGCUCGCCGCAUCGCAAACCUCAUCAUCAUCACCAUCACCACCACCACCACCGCCGCCGCCACGAACCUCGCGACGUCCCCACCUCGCUCCCACUAAACGCGCAACCGCUGCACAAAAGCCAAUUCCAGCACUACGAAGGACUUUUCGCGCGCUAUCUCGACGUGCAAAAGCUGAUUAACAUUGACGAUUUGUCCGAAACAGAAGUCCGAGGUCGUUGGAAGUCGUUUGUGGGGAAAUGGAAUCGAGGAGAAUUAGCAGAGGGUUGGUAUGAUGCUGAAGCGAGAUGGCGCGCGGAAGAUCGCGUUCUCGGAGCGGCAAUACCCAAUCUGCAAGACCUCCAACAUAGAAAUGAACUCGUCGAAGAAGCUCAUCUACACGACCGAGCAAAUCUCCUCCACGAACGCAAACUCGAUCGAAAUCUGCAAAAGGAGCGCGUGGAAGAACUCGUGCCACGCGCAGACCCAGGUUCGAGAGAACGACAGAUGGAAAAAAAGGCAGACAAGACUUUUACGUUGCAUCAAUUUCGAGAGGCGAAAGAUGGAGGGGAUGUGGAGGUGGGAGAACAGGAAUUGAUGGGUGGUGGUGAUGGGGAGCAGGAGUUUCAGCGGGAGGUGAAGCAGAGGCAGAGGGCGAAGAGUGAGAGGGAGAUUCGGAAGGAGGAGGCAUUGAGGGCGAGGAUGGCGGAGAGAGAGGAGAGGAUGAGAGGGGUGAGGAUGAAGGAGGAGAAGACGAUGGAGAUGUUGAGGAAUAUUGCAAAGACGAGAUUUGGGUGA